AUGUGGCAGUUGGCAUUGGCAUUGGGACUGCUGCAGCAGCUGAAUGCACCGCCGGCAUCUCGCACGGCCAUGGCCAUUGUGGUGGAGCGGAAUGUGUUUGCCUACUACAAGGUGCCGGCAGCCCAGCUGCUGGACCCUGAGGAGAGCAUCACCAGCAGCAGUGGCAGCAGUGGCAGUGACUCCAAGAAGGUUAAGAGCGAUCUGUACUUUGUGCUGCAGUGUCCACCCAAACUGAAUGCGAGCAUACCCAAGCCCAGGGACAUGCAGACCUGCAGUGUGGUGGACCAGUACAAGGGAAUGUGGAAGAAGCCGCCGCCGCCACAUCCACAGCCACUGCCAAAGAAACAUCUGCAAAUGGUGCCAUUUCGAAUUGUGCUGCGACCGCUAAGACCACCAGCAAUGCGCAGGACCUAUCGUCGCCGCAAACGUCAACAGAAGCGGGAAGAUGAUGACGAGCAGUCCACGCCCUUGCAGCAUCUGGGGCAGCCACAUCUACGACAGAAGCUGCUGAAACUCAAGGCGGACCAGCGAAAGUUCAAGCGGGGCAGCAGCUCCCAGGGCUAUCAGCACAUGUAUCAUCGGGAUGAGUCCUACAACGAUCACAUAUUCUACGACGAUCUGCAGGCCACCGGACAGUACCAUAAAUACGGCAAAGAAAUCCAAUCUGAAUAAACCCUGAUAUAUUCAAGACAAAGAACUCCUCUCUCA